AUGGCAUCAACUAACAACAAACCUUCGUCCUACGACGCACAGGCCUCAACAAACUACAAGGAAGCAUUUGCGCUCUUCGACAAGCGCGGAAAUCAACGUGUCGCCCUCGAGAGCCUCGGUGAUCUGCUACGUGCGUGCGGGCAGAAUCCUACAUUGGCCGAGAUCAGGGAUUUGGAAAAGAAUGUUGGCUCCGACUUUGAUUUCGAGACCUUCUCCAAAAUUCUUAACAGACCAGGCGGCUUCCGCGAUCCGGGGGAACCUGAAGAAUACUGCCGCGGCUUUCAGGUUUUCGAUAAGGAUAUGACGGGUUUUAUCGGGGUUGGCCAAGUGCGAUAUAUCUUGACGAAUUUGGGAGAGAAGAUGAGUGAUGAGGAGGUGGAUGAGUUGUUGAAGGCGGUUGAUACCAGUUCUGGAGAGAUUAACUAUACCGAUUUGGUACGCACCAUCCUCGCGAAUUAG